UCCUCAAAGUUGGUGUUCUUUUAUGCCAUGCUUUCCUGUCGAGUCUCUGGCAUGGAGGAAAUGCUGUCCUUCUGGGAUGUGGCCAUUGAUUUCUCUCCAGAAGAGUGGGAAUGCCUGGACCCUGCUCAGUGGAGUCUGUACAGGGACGUGAUGCUGGAGACCUACAGCAACCUUGUGUUCCUGGGUCUUGCUGUGUCUAAGCCACAGCUGGUGACAUUUCUGGAGCAAAGUCAAGGGCCUUGGGAUGGGACGAGACAAGCAGCUUUCACUGUGCCUCCAGCAACAACACCCAAUGAUCAUAACUAUUACAUCAAGGCCACUGAUUGUAAAUCACUCCUUGUUCAACGCCAAAGAACUCUUACAGGGCAGAAACCCUACAAGUGUGAAGAGUGUGGUAAGGCCCUUAGUUCUCAUAAAACACUUUCUAUACACCGGAGACUUCAUACUGGAGAAAAACCCUACAAGUGUAAAGAGUGUCACAAGGCGUUCAGUACUCGCUCAUCACUCUUUAUACACCAGAAAAAUCAUACUGAUGAAAAAACCUACAGGUGUGAAGAAUGUGGCAGAUCAUUUUACUACCCUUCCAUGCUGAAGCAGCAUCAAAGAAUUCAUUCUGGAGAGAAACCCUACAAGUGUGAAAAAUGUGGAAAAUCCUUUUCCGAGCCUUCAUUUCUUAAGCAACAUCAAAGAGUUCAUUAUACAGAAAAUCCCUACAACUAUGAAAAAUGUGGCAAAAGAUUUUCCUGUUCUCCACACCUUCAGGAACAUGAACAGAUUCAUAUUGGAAAGAAACUAUACAAGUGUGAGGAAUGCACAAAAGCCUUCCGUUAUUACUCAGCCCUUAGACUACACAAGACGGCCCAUACUGGAGAAAAACCCUACAAGUGUGAACAGUGUUGCAGAUGUUUUUCCUUAUUUUCCAGUCUUCUAAGGCAUCAAAAAAUUCACUCUGAAGACAAUCCCUACAAGUGUGCAGAGUGCGGCAGAUGUUUUUGCUCAUCUUCAUCCCUUAGACGACAUCAAACGACCCAUUCCGAAGACAAUCCCUACAAGUGUGCAAAAUGUGACAGAAGGUUUUCUUGUUCUGCAAGCCUUCAGGAACAUCAAACAAUUCACCCUGGAGAGGAACCAUACAGAUGUGACAAAUGUCGCAGAACCUUUCAUUAUCACUCAUCCCUUAAGAGACAUAAGAUAAUUCAUACUAGAGAGAAGUCCUACAACUGUGAAAACUGUGGCAAGUGUUUUUCCUCCGCUAAAUGCCUUAGACGGCAUCAAAAAAUUCACUUAGAAGACAAUCCGCACAAGUGUGGGGAAUGCGGCAAAGCCUUUGUUAAUGGUUAUAACCUAAGUCGACACAUGACAGUCCAUACUGCAGAAAAAUGCUACCACGGUCUUAAACAGUUCACACCUCUUCAGCCCUUAAAAGACAUCAAAUGAUUCAUUCUCAGUACAAACUCCGUAAAUGUGUGCAGUGUGGGAAAUUCUUUACUAACAAUUCGGACCUUGUCUAACUCAAAUGAAUCCACAGUGCA